AUGGAGUGCGCCGGAAGGGGAAGCCGGAGCCCGUGCUCGGGCCCGGCAACCAGACCCUGCAGUCGCUGCCGAGUCGUUGCCUAUUGCUCCAUUUCUCACCAGGUUUCCCAUUGGAGUGUGCAUAAGAAAGAGUGUGAAAGAUUACAACAGCAAAUGAAGCGUGCUAAUGUCUUGAGUAAUUUCCCUUUCCUAUUUACUCGACAGAUGUGUGAAAAGCAGGAGGUGCGUUGUUCACUGUUAAUAAGAAAUGGAAUUCACCGUACAGGAAUGUGGAUGUGUGAAUGUAGUUGCGAGGGAUCAGCUACUUCUUCCGAUCAUUCUUGGUUGCUUGAAGGUUGGAAUCUUCCAAGUGCACUAUGCCCUUGUAAAGGGCCUUCUUCUCCAAUACCCGAACUAACAGGUUGGAAGGAUUACUAUGAAUGGAGGUGCAUCCCACUUUGUUCUCCUGCCGCUUUACUUCUUCACUGGCCACUCACAGUAUAUUGGGCUAUUCGGCUUGCAACUUUUAAAAGCUUGAUUCCUGCAAUUGGUAAUGAAAUGCGCAUACAUUACCUAGGCCCAGAGAAAGAGCUUCGCCAACUUUCUGUCUUUGGAGAGUUGCUUGCACUUUUUCCUGGAAUUCGACUGUUAAUAGACCUUGUUGGACCUGCAAUUCCACAACAUAGGGAUGAUGGGAAAAUCAAUGUUUACAAUUAUGCUAAAUGUAAUCAAAUAGAUUGUCAGUGCAACUAUUCAGUUGAGAAUCUUAGCCAACAUGUAUCCAAGGGCGACUCAUCUGCAGUCAUAUUACGGCUUCAUGCAGGUUUUUAUCACGAUCGUUACAGAGAUAUAGCAAAGGAUUUUCCACCUCAUCUAAUUAUAGCUCCAAAUGCCGGUAUUGCUGCUUAUACAAGCUGGUUACCAACAAUUGAGCUAAUAAAGGAGAUCAAAGUUCCAGCAGUUUUUUCUGAUUACUGUGAAGAAGCUUCUCAUCUGGCAACUUGUUGCAUAAGUUCUGCAACAGGCUGUGCUCCUACAAUUCCAAUUCAGCUAAAUCCAUUCAGGCAGCCUCUACCUGUGGAAGAAAGUGCACUGUUUCUCCCUUGCUAUUCCAACUGUUUUGUCUUCGGGAUGUGA